AUGUAUUAUAAAGAUUAUGAAACUGGCAAGUUCUUUCUCAUCAACAAUGUGAAUGGUGCAACAAAAGAGAUUACUAAAACAGGGGAUUUCGUUAAAAAAUUUAGCUUGGAUUAUACAGGCAAGCUCGGAUUCAAAAAUAGAAUUGAAUAGCCAGAUCCAUGUCAUUAUCCAUGCAGCAUCGAAUCAUUAACUUAGUUUCCUCCAUUCUACAUACCUUAGCCAGACAAAUUUGAUGGUUAUGCUCAAUUACCUCGUACUUUGCAAAAGCCUUUUUAUAAUAAUAAUAUGAGAUAGAGAUCCGAUGCUACUAUAGAGAGUGCAAUGGAAUUAGUGAAAUAACAAUCCUUUAAUAAUAAAUAUCAAAUAGAAAAACCAAUUAAACAUAUAACAGGGACUCUCAAUGAUUUUAAUUUUGUGUAAAAUUUGAAGAAAAUUAAAGUACUUGAGCAUCGAAAAAGUACAAAACAGCGAAACUUUACCAAUCAUAUCAACUGUGUCAAAGUGAUAAAUAAAGAAGAAAUUCAAGCACCAAAUCUCACUCUACUUCGAAGGAGCAGAAUCAAAUCACAACUAUUACCCAAAACUAUCCCUUUCGGCAGCAGUAACUCAAGAGAACCCUCUGAAAUUAGAUAUAUUGUACCCAUGGAAGAAAAAGAAAUUAAAAGUGUUCAUCAAUUCCAAUAAUAUUAAUCCGAACACAAGGAAAGUGAACUAAUGUAUGAGUCUAGAACAUUUAUUAAAUCUCAAAGCCAAUCUAAAGUGACACGAAAUGACUUGCAUUCUUCUCAUCUUACAUUAAACCACUUUAGAGAAAAAGUGGAUAUUGCUUAGAAGGAAGAAAACGCAUAUAUUAUUCCAUAAUAAAAGGAAAAACUCUCCAUUUCCUCAAAAGGAAGGUUCAGUGCCAUUAAAACUAAAAGCAAUGGCGAUUAAUAUGUCACAGAUCGAAUAAUUAUGAAACUAUUUUAGCCAGACCUAUUUAAAUGA